AUGAACCGCAGCGUAAGCCAGGUGUUCGAGGAAUUUCAGCGGGCGAGGUCCCACUUUGUCCAGACAUUAGCCGAUCUCAGUCAGAAGCCGCAGAACAUUGAUGGACUGCGGUCGGCUGGAGCAUUGCAGCUGCUGCGUCCCCUUCUACUUGACUCUAUACCCGGCAUCCAGCAGACGGCAGCGGUUGCCUUAGGAAGGCUGGCUGGACAUAGCGAGGUGGCCGCCAGAGAGUGCGUAAAUGAAGACAUCCUCCCUCACCUAGUGGCUUCUGUGGCAGAACAAAACAGAUUCUAUAGGCGAUCUACUGCACUUGUGAUGCGGUCUAUUGCCAAACAUUCAGCUGAACUGUCGCAGGCAGUAAUUGAUUGCGGGGCACUGCCGGCUUUAUCCCAGUGCCUGGAGGCAUUCGAUCCCCAAGUGAAAGACGCAGCUGCAUCAGCAAUAGGCUGUAUCGCUCGCCAUUCCGAGACAUUGGCCUCCUCUGUAGUCGCCGCUGGAAUUGUCCCGCUUCUUGUUUUGUGCAUACAAGAGCCAGAAAUAAACAUAAAACGAAGCGCAGCCUUAGCGCUUGGGGAUAUUGCUAAACAUUCACCAGAACUGGCGCAGGUCGUCUGUGACGCUGGCGCAGUUCCACUUCUGUCCAAGCAGCUAACCAGCACUGAUACAGUCGUGCGAAGACAGAUUUGUUGGUGCCUUUCUCGCAUCGCCUUGCACUCCGUAGAUUUUGCCGAGGCUGUGGUAGAGGCUGAUGCCCUACCUAAAUUACUCCACUGCUUGAAGGACCCAGACGAGCUCGUUCGAAGGAACGCAGCGGCCUGCGUGAGAGAAAUAGUUAAGCAUACGCCUCAACUCGCGACAUUUGCAGCGAAUGCCGGGGCCAUUGCGGCUCUCGUGGAUUUGAUACAAGAAACCACAGGGCCUACUCGCGUUGCCGGAAUAUUAGCCCUGGGAUAUAUAGGUGCUUUUACAGAAACAUUGGCUUUGGCUAUCAUCGUACAAAAAGGGAUCCCCCCCUUGAAAAACGCACUAGAGACGGAAUCAGAAGACCACGCAAAGGCAGCUGCUGCCUGGGCUGUGGGGCAGUUAGGCCGCCAUACUCCAGACCACGCCAUGGCUGUUGCAGAAGCAGAUGUGCUCAGGUUGCUUAUGGCGGCAUUUCUCGCUCCAGAUUCAUCAGAUGAUCUGAAGCAAAAAGCAAAAAGGGCUUUAAAAGGUACUGUGCAGAUGUGCACCCACCUGGCUGCGCUGGAACCGUUGCUCAACGAGGCGCCACCUUCCAUUCUUAAGCACAUUGUUCAGCAGUUCGCCAAGGUUCUCCCUAAUGACCCAAAGGCGAGAAGAACUUUUGUGCAAACGGGUGCACUAGAAACACUGCUGAAGAUACGCGAAACUGAGGCUGCUUCCAACGUACUAGAUUCAAUUCAGAGUGUAUGCGACCUGUAUCCCCCAGAAGUCGUUAACUACUACUCCCCUGGUUAUUCAGCAUUGCUUAUUGAGAAGAUUGACGCUCAUUCAUAG